AUGGCUUCGCUCUCGAAGCAAAGCGAGGGCAAAAGCAUCUCCGCUUAUGGAGAAGCUCGUUCCACCGUUCAAGGUGAAUGUCUGACCUCGGAGGAGGUUCGGCAGAUGAACGCCUACUUCCGGGCCAGCCUCUACCUGUGUCUCGGCAUGCUGUACCUUCGAGACAACCCGCUGCUGAAAGAGCCACUCAAGCGCGAACACCUCAAGAGUCGCCUGCUGGGUCACUGGGGUUCAGACGCUGGCCAAUCUUUUACCUGGAUUCACAUGAACCGCCUGAUCAAGAAAUACGACCUGGAUGCUCUCUUUAUUUCAGGCCCCGGUCACGGUGCGCCUGGCAUUAUCUCGCAGUCAUACCUCGAGGGUGUCUAUUCAGAGGUUUAUCCCGACAAGACCGAAGACGCAGAGGGAAUGCAGAAAUUCUUGAAGCAAUUUAGCUUCCCGGGAGGUAUUGGUUCGCAUGCAACACCCGAGACUCCUGGCAGUAUCCACGAGGGUGGAGAACUGGGUUAUUCAAUCUCUCAUGCCUUCGGAACCGUGUUUGACAACCCGAACCUCAUCACGCUGACAAUGGUCGGCGAUGGAGAAUCCGAGACUGGCCCGCUCGCGACAAGCUGGCACAGCACCAAGUUCCUGAAUCCAAUCACUGAUGGCGCCGUUCUGCCUGUCCUGCACUUGAAUGGAUACAAGAUCAACAACCCAACUAUCCUGGCACGAAUUAGCCACGAAGAAUUGACCUCCUUGUUCAUUGGAUACGGCUGGAAGCCGUACUUUGUCGAGGGAAGCGAUUUGCAGAGCAUGCAUCAAGCCAUGGCAGUCACCAUGGAGCAGUGCGUCAAGGAGAUCAGAGAAUAUCAACAACAAGCUCGUUCAUCGAACAAGCCCUUCCGCCCACGCUGGCCAAUGAUCGUUUUGCGUACCCCCAAGGGGUGGACUGCCCCCAGAGAGAUCGAUGGAAAGCUACUCGAAGGCUUUUGGCGAGCUCACCAAAUUCCAAUUACCGAUGUUUUGACCAACCCCGAUCACCUCAAGGUUCUGGAGUCUUGGAUGAAGGGGUACAAGCCCGAAGAGCUUUUCGAUGCCAGUGGCAAGUUGAUUCCCGAGCUGCGUGCUCUUGCCCCCGCUGGCAACUCGCGCAUGUCUGCCAACCCAGUUGGCAAUGGCGGUGUCCUGCGAAAGCCCCUGAACUUGAACGACUUCAAGAAGUAUGCUUUACAGGACAUCGUUCCCGGUAAAACUGUCAAGGGAGGUAUGGCAAACAUGGCCGGUUUCCUUCGCGAUGUCGUCAGCAAGAACAUGACCAACUUCCGACUUUUCGGGCCCGACGAGACCGAGUCCAACAAGCUUGCUGAAGUCUACAAGGCAGGCAAGAAGGUCUGGUUGGCGGACUACUUUGAAGAGGACAAGGAUGGCGGUAAUCUUUCUCCGUCGGGUCGUGUGAUGGAGAUGCUCAGUGAGCAUACUUGCGAAGGAUGGCUGGAGGGCUACAUCCUCUCCGGACGCCAUGGCCUGAUCAACAGCUACGAGCCUUUCGUACACGUAAUUGACUCGAUGGUCAACCAGCAUUGCAAAUGGAUCGAGAAGUGUCUCGAGGUUGAGUGGAGAGCUAAAGUCGCCUCGCUAAAUAUUCUAAUCACAGCAACUGUCUGGCGCCAGGACCAUAACGGUUUCACCCACCAAGACCCUGGCUUCUUGGAUGUCGUCGCAAACAAGUCUCCAGAAGUCGUUCGCAUCUAUCUCCCUCCGGAUGGAAAUACCCUCCUUUCCGUCAUGGACCACUGCCUGCGCAGCGUCAAUUAUGUCAACGUCAUCGUGGCCGACAAGCAGGAACACAUUCAAUUCUUGAGCAUGGAAGAUGCGAUCGAACACUGCACCAAGGGUCUCGGAAUCUGGGACUGGGCUAGCAACGAUCAAGGCUCAGAGCCUGAUAUCGUCAUGGCGUCUUGCGGUGAUGUCUCUACCCACGAAGCCUUGGCGGCCACUGCUCUACUGCGUGAAUAUCUUCCCGUCCUUAAGGUCCGGUUUGUGAAUGUUGUCGACCUCUUCCGGUUGAUCUCCGAGACCCAGCACCCCCACGGCAUGUCCGACCGGAAAUGGAGAGCCAUCUUCACCUCCAACAAGCCCAUCCUCUUCAACUUCCACUCCUACCCCUGGUUGAUCCACCGAAUGACCUACAAGCGACCUGGACAGCACAACCUGCACGUGCGCGGAUACAAGGAGAAGGGUAAUAUCGAUACCCCCUUCGAACUGGCCCUGCGCAAUGGAACCGACCGAUACAGUCUUGCCAUUGACGCGAUUGACUUGAUCGAGUCUCUCGGUAAUACUGGAUCUAGUGCGCGCGAAAAGUUUACCAAGUUCCAGCUUGAAGGGAAGAAGGAGGCGUUUACUAAUGGCGUGGAUCCUGAGCAUAUCCGCAACUGGACCUGGCCUUACUCGAAGAAGUAA